AUGGCACCCCCAGCAGCUAUCGAUACAGUCACCGAAAAUGUGCUUCCUAAGUCAGCCGACGGCAAGAAAGCCGUGCUGCCAAUCCCGACUAUGCCAGUCGAGGAGGACAAGCUCAAACAGCGUGAACAAUUAAAGGGCCAGCUGGCAGCUGCGUUUCGCAUCUUUGGAAAGUUUGGCUAUGAUGAAGGUGUUGCCGGACAUAUCACUAUUCGAGAUCCCGUCGACCCAACCACAUUCUGGGUAAACCCAUUCGGUACAGCCUUUUCAUUGAUCAAGGCCUCGGACUUGAUCCAGGUUGACCACUCAGGCCAAGUUAUUGCUGGUGGUGCGAAUCGCAUGCUUAACUCGGCGGCUUUCAUGAUUCAUGCAGCGAUCCAUACAGCUCGUCCCGAUGUGAUCUGUGCAGCUCAUAGCCACAGUAUCUAUGGGAAGGCAUUUGCUUCGCUGGGUCGACCACUUGAUAUUAUCACGCAGGAUUCCUGUGCCUUUUAUAAUGACCACGCAGUGUAUAAACAAUUCAGAGGUGUUGUUCUGGCAGAGGAAGAAGGCCACGCUAUCGCAGAGACGUUGGGCGGUAAGAAAGCAGCAAUCUUACAGAACCACGGUCUGCUCACGGUCGGUCAGACUGUUGAAGAAGCCGUCUACUGGUUUGUUUGUCUGGAGAAGUGUUGCUACGCUCAGCUCUUAGCAGAUGCCGCUGCUGCAGGUCGGGGCGGGGCUACCAUCAAGAUCGACGAUGCCGACGCUGCCGAAACAUAUAAAACAGUGGGAACUCACGGAGCUGGGUGGUUUAGUGCAAAGCCAAUGUUUGAUAUAAUCCACCGAGAGACAAAUGGGGAAUAUCUGGAGUAA